UGUUACAGCAGGAAAGGGGAAACAACUUAAUAUGAAUGCCUGUCAUGUAAUGGAGGCAAAGAUGGAUGCCAGUGCAGAUUUUUAAUAAGGAAGUACACACAGGUAACCAAAAGAUUGAAGCUGGAAACAUAAACCAGAGCAGGAGACACAAGGCAAAAAUACAUAUAAUAAUAGUCGAAGUAAAGUGCACUUUACGACACACAAACAAAACCACAACAGAAGCUAGUCAAUAAAAUGUAGGAAAACGUCUGGGUAACGCAUGUCACCCUGUUCCCUGAGAAGGGAACGAGACAUUGCGUUUAGCACAACACUAUGGGGAGCACCUCUCACGCAACCAGCAUCUGUGCGUCGCGUGAUAUAUGGCACCUGUCAUAACCGCACCAUCAGCCUCUAUUAUCUGAAGCGAAGACACAAUUCACGGGCCUGCCCUGGUAUGACAAAGCUACGCAACAUCUCGUUCCCUUCUCAGGGAACAGGUUACAUGUGUAACCCAGACGUUCCCUUUCAAUGGGAACUUCGACGUCGCGUUUAGCAUAACAGUAUGGGAACAAGAAUACCCACUCCGUCAUACCGAUGGUACGGCCUGUUCAAAAAGACCAAAACCCAAGGGUCACUGCAAGACACUCGAGCCCAGGGUGGAAUGAAUAUCCAGGCUGUAAUAACGAAUGAACGUGUGUGGUGGCACCCUGCAGCAGCACACACAUCCUGUAAGGAUACCCCUUUGGACAAACCAUGAUACAGCACCCCCUGGAGCAGAGAGGGUUAAAGGCCUUGCUCAAGGGCCCAACAGUGGCAGCCAGGCAGUGCUGGGGCUUGAACCCCUGACCUUCUGAUCAGUAACCCAGAGCCUUAACCGCCAAGCCACCACUGCCCCAGUGACAAAUGUUCAAUUAUUUGACUAUGACUAUGACAUAUGACAUAUGACUAUGACAUAUGACUAUGUUCAAUUAUUUUAAAAGCACAAAACACCCAAUCAUACGACAAAGUGUUUCUGUUUUUUAAAUAUUAUAAACACCUAUAACUCAGGUUACUCAGGCUCUCAUAUUUUCAGAAUCUAGACAAUCCUGUUAUUCAGUUAGGAGGAUGAAUUCAAGUGCAAGAUGCACAACAUCCCUCAGCCAUGUCAGCAUGACCACUCCCACAUCUUUGAAAUAAGGCACGCACGCAAAACACACACACAGUAAGAGGGAGGGAAACUGUGCAGAUGUUAUGUGGAACACUAGGACAUCUUCUCGUAGAAGCUUCAGGAUGAGGAAAACCACUGUUUUGCUGUUUCUUCUGGCUCUAUGGGCUGAGAGUUCGCACGAACUGAGAAGCCAUGAGGAGACCAAUAAAGAGACAAGUGAACGAGUGCUCACUCGAUCCAAGAGGAGAUGGGUGCUGAAUACUGUUGAACUGGAGGAGGAAAGUCCUGGACCUUUUCCUAAAAAAGUUACAGAGGUGCACAACGAUAAACAACUGAAUCACAGCCUCAAAUUCAGCAUCAGUGGCCAGGGUGUGACAGAAGAGCCAAAGGGUGUGUUCAGUAUCAAUGAAAACACUGGCGAAAUCUUCACACACAAGCCCAUAGACCGAGAAACCUACCCCAUUUUCCAUGUGAAUUUUGAUGUGAUGGAUCGACAAACUGGUGAAAUUCUUGACAAAACUUUGGCUUUGAACGUGAUCAUAAGGGAUAAGAACGAUAAUCCACCUGUAUUCAUACCUAAGAUUUUAAACAUAGAUGUUCCAGAGAACACAAAAGAAGGUCGGCUUCCUGUUUCGCUGCAAGCAAGAGACAUUGAUGAGAAGGACACUGACAAUUCUCGCAUCUUGAUGAGGAUAGUGUCUCAGGAGCCAGCGCUGCCAAAAAUCUCUCUGGCUUCCAUCUCGGAUAUAAAAGACAGCAUGAUCACAAAUCUCGUCUUCACCGGCUGCUUUGAUUACGAUAAAGUAAAGACAUAUAAAAUGCUGGUCGAAGCGUGCGAUCAUGGAACACCAUCUCUCUCAUCCACUAUGACCGUAAAUAUUGCCGUCACUGACUCCAACACUCACUCACCUGUGUUCACUGCUCCAAAGUUCAAUGCUCAGGUUAUAGAACUGGAAACCAAUAAGGAGAUUUUAAGAAUUCCUGUGCAAGACCAGGACACUCCCAACACUCCAGCAUCCAGAGCAGUGUUCACUAUCCUGAAGGGUAAUGAAGAGGGCAACUACAAGAUUGAGACAGAUCCAGUUACCAACGAAGGAGUGCUGACUGUCAUCAAGGGAAAGGAUUACGAGAGAACUACUCUAGCUGAGCUGGAAAUAGGAGUGGAGAAUGAGGAGCCCUUAUUUUUAUGCGUCGACGGAAAGCCAGUUAUUCCUGUACCGAAGACUUUAAAAAGUAACAACACGGUUAAAGUCGCCGUCAAAGUCAUUGAUGUGAAUGACCCACCCGUGUUUCAGAAUAAAAUUCAGAAGGUUUACAGGAUUGAGGAAGAAGAGCCAGGAGAAGUGUUGUACACACCCACAGUAACAGAUGAGGAUUCAGACCCAGCUAAACUGAGGUACGAGCUAGUAGAAGAUCCAGCUAAAUGGAUGUCCAUAGACCCACAGACAGGCAAGAUUUCCCUGGCAAAGAAGAUGGACCGCGAGUCUCCAUAUGUCCAAAACAGCACCUACACCGUCUUGAUGCGAGCAAUCGAUGAUGGGGAACCUCCUGCCACAGGAACAGGCACUCUAGUGGUCCAUCUGGGAGAUAAGAACGAUAAUACACCUUAUUUAAUCUCCAACACGUCAGUGAUGUGUGGGAACAAAGCGGACAGAGUGAGAGUCACAGCACAGGAUAAGGAUGCUUUUCCAUUUAGUGGACCCUUCACCUUCGCGCUUGGCAAAAUUGAUCCGGAGCUGAAGAGCCUGUGGAAGCUUGAGCAGAGUGAGUUAGGUUCUGAAAUCUUAUUGAUUAGUCAGAAGAGUCUGCCUUAUGGGAAUUAUUCAGUUCCCCUGAAGAUUGCUGACCAACAGGGGAUGCUAGCACAUACUGUCUUGCAAGUGGUGAUAUGUGACUGUGGGAAAGGAGAUGUGUGUCAGGACCUGCUUCCUCGAUCCUCCAGCCUCAACGGAGCAGCUAUAGGAAUUCUACUGGGAGCACUGCUCUUGAUGGCUUUGCUGCUCUGCUGUGUUUUUUUGUGCAAGUGUCAAGAGAAAAAUAAUUUCAAGCAAUUCUUGCAAGAAGAUAGUAUACAAACCAUGAUCAAAUACAACGAGGAAGGAGGAGGUUCAAUCUGCAAGUCCACAGUUGGCCAUUAUUGUGACUUGAUGACUGAACAUAUACAGUUUGUACCACAGUUUCAACAGAGCACCACCAAACAAUUUGGUGGCCUGAACCCAGGAGCAAUUCAGAACACAAUUGCAGUCCCUUUACAUGAUUUAAUGCGGUCCCCUGUACAGCUUACACAGAUCCCUAAUGGAGUUAAUGAUGCAACUGACUCAAGGAACAUCUAUGCAAAGUCAGCAACCUGGAGUAGAAACAGGAAUAGAACAUAUAACGCUACUAGGCGCGGAUUCACCAAAUCAGUCAACUUACUGUCCGUUUUGAACAUGGAAGAACACCUUGAAAGGAAGCUCCAUAAACUUUCAGUGGAGCAGCAGGACUUCCCUGAAUAUCACCCACAUGACUACAGCUCUGAAGGAACCAAUACCAGCUCCGUGUCACUGGACAAGCUCUCGUUCCAGAGCACAGGAGAUGAUCUGGGAUUUCUGCAGAAUUUGGGGUCGAAGUUUUGCACUCUGGAUGAGAUAUUUCAGCAAAGAAUAAAAGAGAAGGACAUGAAGUUGUGAAAAUAUAUAUAUUAUUUACUUUACUAAUGGAUCUUUCACCUUGUAGUGAAAGUAGUAGUAGUCGUCCUUCCCAUCUCUGUUUUUUUUUUUUUUAAAUUUAUAGAUAAUAUAUAAUAUAAUAUAAUAUAAUUAUAUCUUAAGCUUAAGCAGUUGGGCAACAACAACAGUCCAUGUACAUUACUUACUUUGAAACUCAGUACUAUUCUUGGACAGGACCUGUUUUGCUCUGAGAACAGCUUCAGUUUUUUAUGACAUGGAUUCAACAAGACUUUGGAACCAUUCCUUGGAGAUUCUGGUCAAUGUUGACAUGACUGCAUCAGAGAAUUGCUGCUGAUUUGUUAGCUGCACAUUCAUGCAGUGAAUUUCCCAUUCUAUGACACUCCAAAGAUGCUCUAUUUGGGUCUGCUGCAUGGGGAGGCCAUGGAAAUACACUGAACUCUUUCUCAUGUUCAUGGCACCAUUUAUCUGGAACUGGCCUAUUAUCAUUCUGGAAACCAUUUUAAGAUAAAUUGUUCACAUAAUUUUAAUUCGUUCACUUUGAUUUACAGUAUAUAGCAUUUUUUUAACAAUGGCCAUCGUGUUACGACCCACGGUGUGUGAGUAUGUUUCGUGUUUUCCGUGUGUGUGUUUCCAGUCUGCCCAGGUCGGUCUAUUCCAGACUCCAGUCUGGGCCUUCCUGCCCUGCUUCAGCUGCAUUUGUGUUUUUUCUAAACGAUGAUGUCAUCAUUGGACGCCAGUAUUUCACUUUUGUCAAUGUUCACCUGGCUGUGUUUGUGUGUUUUGUUUGCCUUUAUCAGCUCUGGGAUUUUACGGUGAAUUUGGGAACCAAUGCAGUGUCGAUAAGAUAAGGGUGAUAUGGACGGUCACAUUUUCUGCUUCUAGUAAGGAUUCUGGCUUCUGCAUUCUGGACUAACUGGAGCUUGUUAAUGCACCUACUGGAACAUCCAGACAGACAGGCAUUAAAUUAAUCCAACCUAGAGGUAACAAAGGCAUGAAAAAGGCACGAUCUUUCAUUUCACUGCUUUGCGGACAAUACUCAAAUUUAUCUACCAUUGAAAUGAAAUGAUACUAAUGCUUUACUAAUGUUUAAAUGAUUUAAAAUCAUGGAUGCAACAAAAUCUUCAGAAUCUUAAUGAAACUAAACUAGAGAUGAUUGUAUUUGGUUCUUCAGAUGGAUAUGAUCUCCGAAAUCUUAACGUCGGCCAAUUGACUUGCUUUUAUAAACCGCCUGUGAAAAACCUGGGUGUGAUAUUCAAGAGAUCCCUUAAGUUUGAUAAACAGAUAAACUCAGUUUUUUUUCUUUUUUUUUUUCUUUUCACUUAAGACUCUUGGCAAAAGUCAAACCGUGGCUUUCAUUCAAAGAUUUUGAAAAGGUGAUACAUGCUUUUAUCUCUAUUGGCUUGAUUGUUGUAAUUCCCUUUAUGUAGGUAUUUAUCAACCUGUCUCUUAUUGGUUACAAAUGGGCCAGAAUGCUUCACUGGCUUCUAAUCCAGCUUUUAUAUCUCUAAAUGGAUUGGCACCAGCCUAUUUAUUUAGUCUUUUAUCUAUGAACAGUCCAUCGAGGUCCUUGAGAUCUUUAGAACAAAGGUUGCUGACUGUUCCUAGGGCAAGACUAAUAUUAAGAGGCAAUCGUGCUUUUACAGCCAUUUUUUUCAGCCCCAAAAUUCAUCAGAAAUGCUUCAACAUUAUAUGAUAUUAAAUCUAAGUGUCAUAUAUCAAGGAGGUAACUCUGGACUUCAGUUCCCAUCAGCCACUGCACUGUACUACAUGUCACAUGACCACCUGCACCUGAAUCACGUUUCUGUUAAUGAGCACACUUAUAUAUAGCCAUGGUUUGCACUGCUUCUCUGUCUUUCGUUUGUCCUAGACUACUGUGUUUUGUUUCUUGCCACAGUAUUUUGCCAAGCUGUCUUAGUUUGUUUUGUUUAUCUUGAAGCGUGACACUAAGUUGAAAGUGUAUUUGUUCUCUCAGCCUUUUAAUGUACCAUAGAGAGUAAUUUGAUUUCAGGUUAUUGUAUUUUUGAAUUGUGUGUUUGAUCGAUGUGCAGCACUUUGGUCAACUCGAUGUUGUUUUAAAUUGUGCUAUGUAAAUAAUUGACACUUUCAUUGACAUUGAAGUAGUUUCUUAUCUUAGCAAUAUUUCUGUGAUGAAAGAAUUAUAUCCUAGUAAUAUUAUUUACAUGAGCUUCAAAUGAGAGACUGGGGUCAAUAAUCACACUAAGGUAUUUUACUGAUGCACAUGAUGUAACUGAAAGGCCAUCCAGAGUUACUAUGUAAUCAGGAAGCUUACUUCAAGCUGCCUGUGGUCCUAGAAGUACUUCUGCCUUUUCAGAAUUAAGUAUACGGAAGUUAAUAAGCAUCCAGUCUC